UCCAUUCCUUGACACAGGCUCAGACAUAGACCAAUUGGAGUUAGCAUUCGCCUGCUUCAAGGUUCAACGCCCAAAACCCAAAACCCAAAACCACGCGGAUUCUCGCUCUUCCUUUCCUUCAUUUUCAUUUUCAUUUUCAACGUGACAACCAAGAUAUCCUCCUCUCUGUUAUAUAUAACCACAGUGCAUCCGCAUUUCUCAAAGGACCGAUCUAGGGUUUUUCUCACUCUGCUCAACAGCAACCACAAACAGUCGCCAUGGCGUCGCAGGAGCACAUCGAGAAGAUGCAGGCGCGUCAGAAUUACCGGAAUUUGUGGCACACCGAUCUCAUGAGAACGAUUCAGGCCGAUACUCCUUAUUGUUGCUUCGCGUUGUGGUGUGCGCCAUGCGUGUCUUACCUGCUUCGGAAACGAGCUCUUUACGAUGACAUGUCAAGAUACACAUGUUGUGCUGGUUACAUGCCCUGCAGUGGUAGGUGUGGAGAAAGUAGAUGUCCGGAAUUUUGCCUUUGCACUGAGGUUUUUCUCUGCUUUGGAAAUUCAGUCGCCUCAACUCGCUUUCUAUUGCAAGAUGAGUUUAACAUUCAAACUACGCAAUGUGAUAACUGCAUUAUUGGUUUCAUGUUUUGCCUUCAACAAAUAGCAUGUAUUUUCUCUAUUGUUGCCAUGAUUGUGGGAAGUGAUGAAAUUCAAGAGGCUUCUCAGUUGCUAUCUUGUUUGGCUGACUUUGUGUACUGCACGGUGUGUGCAUGCAUGCAGACUCAGCACAAGGUUGAGAUGGACAAGCGUGAUGGGAAAUUUGGACCCCAACCAGUAAUGGCAGUGCCCCCUUCUCAGCAGAUGUCACGCAUUGAUCAGCCAGUUCCUCCUUCAGUUGGGUAUGCACCACAACCAGCUUAUGCACCACAACCAGCUUAUGGACAACCUUAUGGUUAUCCUCCUGCUCCGCCACCUACUCAGGGAUAUCCUGCUCCUGGUUAUCCACCUGCUGGUUAUCCCCCUGCUGCCUAUCCUCCCCAAGGAUAUCCCCCUUCUGGCUACCCUAAAUGAUUAAUUUAGCAUUCCUUGUGUUGGCCUAUAACGCGUCUUUUCUUCAAAGUCCGCUAAACGCAUCUAUAUGAAGCAAUCGUGUGGUGAAUGCAACUGUUUGAUUCAUUACUUAUUUUUGCAUUUGCCAUAACAACUUUUGCGUCGACUUCUAUUUGUAUAUUUUUCUUCUGUGUUUAUACAUAGUUCUCUCGUGUCGCUUGUGUGUGUUUAUUAGUAAAUUAAUUUUCUUGUGGUUUCAAGUUA